UAUCAUAUAUUUGUUUAAAACCGAAAACAUCUUGAGAACAAAUAAUGUUUACAUAUACAUUGAGGCAAACUACAGUCUGUCUCUAAGAACAAAAUGCGAUAUGCAUAAUUUCAAAAGGUUUUAGUGUAAACACAAAAUCAUAUAAACACAAAAACACGGACAAAUUAAGACAGUCGAAGUUAAUGACAUAAAGACGCUUUAAAAUAUAAAUAAAAAGCGAGGAAGCCAAAUAUAUCAUAUAGGCUUAGGCUAAGGAUGUUACGAUAGGCUCAACAAAGAGAACCAAGGAAAUAUCUUCACUCGAAAGUUUAAAACAUCGGCAGUUUUAGAAAACUCAAAAUUGAAGCUGCGGUAGAUGUCUGCCACCGGAAAUGAGAUUGCAGUGAAGUUAAAUCGAUGAUGCAGUCAAUGAAAUAGGUAUUGAGGUUGCUAGAACGAUCACCGGAUGUAAGGCGGUAGAAACGCGCAAACAAGAAACGGCCAUCGGAAGGUAUACGACGGAAGCGUUUAUCAGAAGUGUGGCGACAAUAACGACGGGAGUGGCGGUAACCGGAAGGUAGACGAAAGAAGCUGCAAACAGACACCAGGCUUAAGGGUCGGCUACCGGAAGUGAGACGAUCGAUUCGGGACCACCAUGCGUGGAGGCGGAUGCAAGGAGCUUCGGGAGGAAUUUCGUGUCGCCCGUCUUGGGCUUCAUCACGAGAACCCUCGGGAUUUUGUCAUACCGCAGUGUUUAGGUCCUCGAAUAUACAUCCUAUGGACAGUUUUAUGGGCCGUCUACUACAUCAGCACACAGGCACUACAGGUGUACUACAACAGCGAUGCUGGUGCAGAGUAUUUCAUAUACCUGACAAAUUGGUCCUACUUUCUUCAGAGUAUGGUCGUAUUUUUGGAUUGUGUCGUCACAAUUUUCGUCCAAUGGAAACGGAAGGAUAUACUAGAUGGUGACGUAAAGACAACACCGUGGUAUGUACGUACAUUGUGGCUCUUGUUCAACGUGAGUAACGCAUGUUCUCUCGUCGUUACGGUGUCUUACUACGCACUUCUAGAGCCAGAAUUCGGCUAUGGGAGCAUCUAUACACAUCUACUGAACUCUGUCUACACAAUACUUACCUUGUUAUUUUGUGCCAAACCUGUGUUCAUACUCCACGUGUAUCAACCAAUCAUCUACAGCGUCAUAUACGUCCUCUUCUCAAUCAUAUAUCACGUGACCGGAAAUGACCCAGUUUACCCAGUUUUAGACUGGAGUAAACCUGGAUCUACAUCAAUAACUGCUCUGUUGAUAGUGUUAGUAGGGGUGCCGGUAAUGCAUAUGGUGAUAUUUUCAUUAUACACUUUAAGACUUUUCGUUUGCACGAAGAUAAAUUGCUUUUCCAAAGUAACUGCUGCUGAAAAGGACGAAGAAGCCAUCAGAAGGGAAGUCACGUCACGUGAAGUCAAUCUGGAGAUUGCUGCAACCAAUCAAUAGAAACAAACUGUUCUGUUUUAUCACACGCAAGAUACCAUUUGACAACGGAAAUCCAAUGUACUUAUCUAAAAAUGUGUUGAAAUCUUAUGCAUAAAUCCUGAAAAUAUUGUUAACAGAAAGGAAAUGGGUAAAUAUAAUUAUCCUUUAUAAGGUUGUUGAAUAUGUAAAAAACAGUUUACAACAUCAAUAUAAUAUAUUAGUAUAAGAUUAUAUGACUCUUACACAACCAUUUCAAACCAUGCUUAGUUGUAAAGUAUAAGUAAUUGAGUUAUUGCUUAGGUACUUUUGACCAAUCGGGGUCAGGUUUGAAAGUGCCUUAUUUCAUUUUGCCAAACUGCUUGCUCAUAUUUGACUUUCCCAAUCAAAAUGCAUUGUGUUGUUAUUGUCUUUAAAGUUAUAACAUGUUAAAGUCCCAGCACUAUUUACAACUUAUAUCAAUACAACAAAGGUGGCCUAUUAAGGGACUUUGGAAUAGCUAGAGAAAUUGGGGCCAGAAGAGAAAAAUAAGUUCAUAAGUUCACCGUUAUUUUUGUGCGAAAACCCCUUUAUAUAUAUUUAUUUAUUCAUUUAUAGAAAAACAAUCAUACACGGCGAAGCACUAUGCAUCAUAUGCCACUUGAACGUCAAUAUGUGUUAGGCUAGAUAAACAGCUUAUAUUACAUGUGUGAUGUUUGUUUUGUCCCAUUUGUGCAUUUGAUGACAGUUUCCUAACUUUUGAACCUUACGAUUUUGGCGGGUUUACUCUGCCUUUGAAUCUGAUUUUUGUUUACUAGAUGUAGUUGUUGCAUUAAAAACAUUUGUACUACAACCGACGUUAAAUACACGCAUGUCUUUUUACCAUUUUAUAUUUUGUAGAAUGCUGAUGCUUGUUAGGUUACGCAAUGUAAUAUUAAUAUCAUAGUGUGUCCAGUGUUCCUGUACAGUGUACAUAUACUAUUAACUUAUAUAAAAGUGGAUGAAUGGCGAUCCCAUAGUAUCAUUUGAGAGGCUUUUAUGUACAGAAAACGAAAAAGUAACAAAUUUACAGAAAAUCUUGAAACAAGUCUUUUCGCUUUGAAACAUUGUAAAGUAUAUACUUGCACGUUCUAUAUCAGUUGAAAUAAAA